AUGAAUCUCCAAACUUUUAGUCUUUUUCUAAUUGUUCUUUCAUUUUUACUUGCAUCAUCUAUUACUGUUGAUGCUCGUUUUCAUAAACAUAUUAACAAACAUAUUAACAAAUAUGAUAAUGAACAUUCUAUUCCGUCUAUAAAACCCAAAUGCUCAACAUCAACUCCAACAUCAACUCCAACAUCAACUCCAACACCAACUCCAACACCAACUCCAACACCAACUCCAACACCAACUCCAACACCAACUCCAACACCAACAUCAACUCCAACUUGUUGUCAAUCAAGUGGCAGUCCGGGGUGGAAUAACCUUGAUCUUGCUGGUGGUAGUUAUAAUGCUCCUUAUGGUGCUAUUAUUACUAAUGCGGUGGAUUGUUGUCUUUAUUGUACUAGAAAUUCGAGUUGCCUUGGAUGGAGGUGGUUUUCACCUGCAAAUGCAACUAAUGUUUUGUGCGCAAUCCAACUGUCACGUGAUGAUGAAAAUUAA